CAAAAGAGGCUGCCCCCGCGCCCAGCAAUGCUGCCCUUGGACGCCUUCGACGCGUAACGAUGCGCAACGGCCUCCUGCUUACGGCUGCCGCAGCCGCCGCCAUCAAUAAUGGCUGUGACGACCGCCUGCGACCAGGUUGUGGCAGGGUUGCGAUCGCCCUCGUGGGCGGCUUCAGCGACAUCACGCGCGGCGGCCACCACGCGAAAUUCAGCAGCGCAAGCGCGAUCAACGCGUCGCACCCGCUCACGCGGGCCUGGGUCCGGGUGACGAGCAAGUCGCUGCGGAAACAUGUCAGAGAGCCGCUCGCCGAGGCCUACGCGAGCGCCGCCGACGUCUUCGUGUAUUCCUGGGACCGGCCGCUGGAGUCCGAUUUCGCCGAGCGCUACGAACCGGUGGCCGCGGAGUACGCGGACAAUGCCCCAGUCCUCGCGCAACUGCCACAGCUGAAGGGAACGCUACCAAAAGAGUGUGACUCGACUUUGGUAUCGAGGCGCUUGACGAGGCCGGAGAAGCGCGUGAAACCCCGCCCGAAGAAGAGGACGAUGCCAAAAGCGCAGGAGGCGUGCCACCCGCGAGGCAUGCACUACUCCCGGAGCGACGCGACGCGGGCCCACGCCGUCGGCCACAUGCACGCCGCGUCGGCGUCGUGGGCCUACGCCGUGCGCGAGGCGCAUCGCCUGAUCACGGAGCACGAGGCGCGCCGCGGCGGCCUCGAAUACGAGGCGGUCUACUUCGGCCGCCCGGACAUCUACAUGCACAAGAGCCUGGCCGCGGCGCGCGUCCCGGAGGGCGCCGUGCUCAUGCCGUCGCCGGGCUUCGGCGACAACUUCUUCCUGAUGGCGCGGGACAACGCCCGUAGAUUUAGCGAGAUGUACCACGUCGCGGAGACGUCUUACGGGUGCGAGAUUGGUUGCGUCACGUCCGCGGACCGCUGCGCCUUCAAGGUCGGGAAGCGCCCGUGCGAUGCUGCCACGCGGGCGAAGGAGGACGUCUCCGUCGAUGGACAGCUCUGGAAGUCCGUGUUCGUGCAGCGUCGCAUGAACGCCACGCUCGUCGCGGCCCUCCGGCAACCGCUCGACGUGGCGCCCUAUCGCUUUUUUUAUGAUAUGUGCAAACGGUUUCGGCCCCUUGGGGACGAUCCGCGGAUAGAUCCCGGCGUCGCGACGACGCGAAGCGCCCUCUAUCACGUCGGCAUCACGCCCGGAGUCCUCGAUAUUUUAUUGAGAGAGGAGUGGCUCGGCGGCCGGAGACCGUGCACGUGGCUCUGCAACGCGUAUCCGGCGGCCAUGGACGAGGGGAGCUGCCGCGGCAAAUCAUCCGCUGAGGAGACCAAUCCUCUUCUGUUCUAGCUUGUUUAAAUUUAAUCUUGA